AGUCUAAUUUAAUGUUUCACUGUGUGUUAACAUUUGCUAUUAAAGUAGUUUUUUUCUUCUAGGUUUUGCUUUAAAAAAAUAUGCAUUCAGUGUUAUUAGUUAAUUAAAUUAAAAUUAAGGUGUACGUAAUAAAAAACGUUGAAUGCAAUCAACUUGUUGAAGCUGUAAGAACACAUUGCGUUUUUUUUUUCGUUUCCACGUUGAAACCAUUAGAGAAAGAAAGUGGGCGUUUUUCAACGAAACAGCAUUUCACUUUUUCACACUAAUUGAAAAGUUAAAGUUCGUUUGCUUCUUCUGCUCUUUAAUGAAAAAAAUGCUCUGAAAUGGCAAGAGUAUUCAGUCUAGUGUUUUUUUUAUUCUUAUGGCGAAGUUGCGACAGUGCGUACUUUGAAGAUCAACCGAAAUUCCUCACUGAAAAUGGCAACUUUGUGAUUGAAUCGGCCGUGGAUAGGAAUAUUACGUUUCGUUUGAAAGGAAGCGGCAGUUAUUUGAAUAUAAACGACAUGAAUGUAAUGAACAUGAUGAAAAUGGGCGGAUUGAAUGGAUCAAAUGUACCAAGUUCGAAUUUAGCACUUCGACUGUCGGCUGUUGAGCAACGUCUUCGUCAAAUUCCAAUGUCUGAAUCGUCAAGACCGCGCAAUCGUAAUAUAUUGCAACGUCUGUCAUCAUUGGAAUUGAGACUGAAUGGUAGUGGCUCGGGUGCGAAUUUGAACGCAUUAGAGUCGCGAAUGCGUACGCUUGAAGUAAAAGUCAAUUGGAUAUUGGAACAAGUGGAGAACGAUAACUGUACUUCAAAUCCAUGUGCCAAUGGUGGAACUUGUACAGAAACAUUCCGUGGCUAUUCAUGCAAAUGCUCGGAUGCCUGGACUGGUGUGAAUUGUAAUGAAGAUGUCAAUGAGUGUGCCAAUUUUGCGGGCACCGAUUUAGGAUGCCAAAACUCGAUUGCUUGCGAAAAUACACAAGGCGGCUAUAAUUGCCGAUGUAAAACUGGCUGGUAUGGAAUCCACUGCACACAACGCACCGUCGAUUGUUUAUCCUCAACAUCGUACAACUUAUGCGAUCAUGGUAUUUGUGUGCACACGAAUGAUGCAAAUGGUUACAGAUGCAUUUGCGAUCAAGGCUGGAUAAGUAAUGGCACAACCCCGGCUUGUUCGACUGAUGUGGAUGAAUGCAAUUCGCCAACACCACAUUGCUCUGUCGAUCCAGAAGUUCCUUGCAUCAAUUUACCUGGCACUUAUGUGUGUGGACAGUGUCCGCACGGUUUCACUGGCAAUGGACACUACUGCAAAGAUGUUGAUGAAUGCCUUGAGAAUAACGGCGGUUGUAGCUUGGCUCCAUUUGUUCCGUGCAUCAACACAAGAGGUUCAUCAAAAUGCGGUAGUUGUCCGUAUGGAUACACUGGUGACGGUCGGAUGUGUAUUCGUACAGGAAAUGCUCCCAUCCUACCACCGAUCUCAACGGAUGUUCCAGCAUUUCAGCAAAAUCAGUGCAGUAAUCCAGGUAUUUGUCACCCAAGUGCAACUUGCGUCCAAAAUCUCUAUGGAAUUACAUGUGUCUGUCCACCUCAUUACACUGGCAAUGGAAUUGGAACGUUUGGUUGCACGCGUUCAAAUAACACAUUCGAUGGAUGUACGUUGAACCCAUGCUCAAACGGGGGAACAUGCAUCAGUGUUGGAACAUUUGGCUUUCGAUGUGAGUGUCCACCUGGAACGGUGGCACCACGAUGUUCUCGCGGUUUGAGUGUUUGUGAGCCAAAUCCCUGCUCAAACGGGGGCACAUGCACCCAAAUUGGUCGAGCCCUUUAUCGCUGUACAUGUCCAACCGGUAGAACAGGCCGAAAUUGUCAACAGGAAACACGGUCUUGCGGCGGUAUACUCACCUCAUUCAAUGGAACUUUAAAGUAUCCUCUAUCAGACACAUAUCCACACAAUGCUCGUUGCGCUUGGCUCAUCCGAACCGAUGAAAACAAAGUUUUGAACAUCACUUUCACUAAAUAUAAUGUGGAAAUAUCACGAGAAUGUCGCUUCGAUUGGCUUCAGAUUCAUGAUGGGCGGUCAUCGGCUGCAUACCACAUUGGAAGAUUUUGUGGUUCGGAAUUACCAAAGGGUGGUAAUAUAAUUUCAACUCAAAAUACACUGUACUUAUGGUUCAGAUCGGAUAACAGUUCAGCACACGAUGGUUUUGAGUUGAAGUGGAAUAGCAUCGAUCCAGUGUGUGGUGGAGAAAUAUCAAUUCAAAGUCAUGGAAUAAUUGCAUCUCCCGGAUCGCCUGGUAACUAUCCGCCAAACAGGGAUUGCUUAUGGAAAUUGAGUGCACCGCCAAGCAAUCGAAUUCAAUUGCAUUUCUUCACACUGCAAUUGGAGGCUCAUGAAACCUGUCAGUAUGACUAUUUGGCUAUUUAUGGUGGGCUAUCAACCGAGGCCGAUUUAUUGGAAAAAUUCUGCAACACAACACUUCCACCGUCGUUGACAAGUCCAGGAAAUGAAUUGACCUUACAAUUCCAUUCGGAUGAUGAUGGCACCGAUUCCGGUUUUCAAAUUCAUUAUUCGCUCGUCGAAGGUAUUCAAGGUUGCGGUGGUACAUUCACGGCCAAAAACGGCGAAUUUGGCUCUCCCAUACAGAAUGGAAUAUAUCCAAAGAAUAUCGAUUGUCAUUAUCUCAUUAAAAUGCCACGAAAAAAUGAGACGAGAGUUAAAAUAACGUUUUUGACAUUCAAAUUGGAGGGCAGUAGUUCGUGCAGCUUUGACUAUGUUGAGAUUUAUGAAGGAAACAAUGUAAAUGCGCCGAAAGUGGGCCGAUGGUGUGGAAGUCGAUUACCUCCAGAAUAUUCCUCAUUAUCGAGUGAAAUUCUCAUUGUUUUCCACACGGAUUUCUCAUUUAGUGAUGAAGGUUUCCGUUUGAAAUAUGAAACAGUUUGUGGCGGAAAGUACGAAGAUGACAAUGGUGUCAUAACAUCUCCUUGGUUCCCCAAUGCAUACGAUGACAACAAAAACUGUAUCUACGACAUUGAAGCACCGCUCGGCAAAGGAAUUAUUUUGAAUUUCACCAACUUUGACAUCGAAGCUGAUUGUGACUUUGAUUCGCUACGAAUUUAUGACGGCAUUGAUAGUAAUGCUACCUUAAUCGGCACUUAUUGUGGCGAUGAAAAUCCACCGGUUACCACAUCAAGUAUGAAUCACCUGCAUUUGAUCUUCUCCACUGAUUCUUCCAACACUGGGCCAGGCUUCAGAGCUACUUAUAAAUUUAUUGACGCAAAAUGUGGUGGAUCUAUAACCAGACCAAAUGUAACCAUUUCACCUUCAUCGGAGGAUGGUGGCUAUCAAAAUAGUGCCAAUUGUAAAUGGUUUAUUAUUGCGCCGCCUGGUUUUCUCGUUCAAUUAAGAUUCACGUCAUUCGAUUUAGAAGCGUACCCAGAGUGUCGAUACGAUUACGUACAAAUCUUCGAUAAUAUCAUUACCAAUGCAACCAAUGCACGAGCGAUUGGAAAAUAUUGUGGAACUGAAGCACCUCCAAUUAUUUUAAGCACGUCACGAGCAUUGACAAUUCUCUUUAAAUCAGACGACACAGUUACUGGCGACGGAUUUGUGGCUACAUAUGAUUUCAUCGACGGCAAAAAUAUGUGUGGUGGCAACUUCUACACAUUGACUGGUUUAAUCAUUUCACCAAACUACCCAGACCGAUACCCAGGAAGCAAAGAUUGCGUUUAUAUCAUCAAUGCACCAAAUGGCAAGCAAAUUGAAUUGAAAAUUGAAGCAUUUGAUCUCGAAGAAAGCAAUGGGUGUUCUUUUGACUCUUUGGAAAUCAGAAAUGGUGCAUCCGACAAAUCUCCGCUCAUUGGAACAUUUUGUGGAACCAAUAUUUUACCCAGAUUCAAAUCAUUCAGCAAUCACAUGUAUUUGCGAUUCAAGAGUGAUUCGAGCAAUGAAAACAGGGGUUUCAAAAUAAGUUAUGACACAGCAACGAGUGGUUGUGGCGGUACGUUUACAAAUGCGCAAAGUGGUACAAUAUCAUCGCCAAAUUAUCCAGAACCUUACCCAGCAAAUAUGCAAUGUGAUUAUAGCAUUCAAGUGGCACGAGGCUCUACAAUCAACUUGUUGGUGACUGAUCUCAAUAUGGAAACAACUUCGGACUGCGCUUUUGAUUAUAUCGCAAUUCAUGAUGGACCAAAUGCAGCCUCAAAACUACUUGGAACUUACUGUCACAGUGAUCAAAUCAUCAAUUUAGAAUCGUCUUCAAACAGUGUUUUCAUUCGAAUGGUUACAGAUGUUAGCAAUCAAGAGCGUGGCUUUGAAGCUAAGUUCAGUGCAAAUUGCAAGCGUGAAAUUCGUGACUUACGCGGAGCCAUUGAAUCUCCAAAUUUCCCUGCAAAUUAUCCACACUACGCAAACUGUGAAUGGAAAUUGAUACCACCAAUGGGAAAUAGAGUAUUCCUUGAGUUUUCACACUUUGAAUUAGAACACUCAUGGUCAGACGCCGAUUCAAAUAGUUGUAUUUUCGAUCAUUUAACCAUUGAAGAGCGCGAUAGCAGUGACGCAGUCAUUAGAACGGAUAAAUAUUGUCAAUCAAUGCCAAAACCAUUAAACACAUCCCAUAUCGUCGUUUUAAAGUUCGAGACCGACUAUAGUACUGCACUUGGUGGUUUUCAUUUGGAAUACGAGAUGCAAGGCUGUGGCGGCAUGUUAAUCAAACCCGAAGGUCAAUUUACAUCACCAAACUAUCCAAACGGUUAUCCUCGUGACACACAGUGUCAAUGGGUGAUUCAAGUUGAAUAUGGACAUUUGAUUGAAAUUACUUUCAACGAUUAUGACUUCGAAGCGUCUGUGGAUUGCAAUCAAGAUGGAGUGCUUGUUUCAAACAAUGCCAAUGGAACAAAAGUCAUAAAUAAACUCUGCACUAGUAUUCAUAAUAAUCAAAAACCGGUAUUCACUUCAAGCGAAAAUACGGUCUACGUGCAUUUUUACACGGAUCUUUCAUAUUCGGGCAGAGGAUUCUCUGCAACGUAUAAAUCAGUGCCAGCCAAAUGUGGUGGUACCUUUGCCGUUACUCAAGGAAAUAUCACUAGUUUGAAUUAUCCCAAUAACUAUCCAGAAAAUACAAACUGUCAAUGGCUUCUUCGAACUGAAACGUCACACACAAUUUCAUUCCAAUUCACUGACUUCGAUCUGGAGGAUCAGAACUGUAUAGCGGAUCAUGUAAGCAUUUACGACGGAUCAGAAAUGAACGAAGACAAACUUUUGUUGAGAUCAUGUGGUAGUCAAACAUUUGGACCGGAUUCAGGCAAUCAAACCGCUCGACCUGGAUUCACCAGGCCACUUAAAUCGUCGAGCAAUGAAAUGCUUGUUGUAAUGGAAACAGAUGACUCGAUUACAGCCAAAGGUUUUGCGGCUCAAUUUGAAACGUCUUGUGGAUCGAAAAUCAACACAUCUUCCAGUGGUAUUUUGGAAAUUGGACAUAAUCUACGAUGGAUGGCAGACGACUGUGAAUGGACUAUUACUGCAAAUGAGCUAAAUCAACAUGUCUCUUUGAGUAUAAUGCACAUGGACAACGAGCCCGUCUUCCAGAAGUACAUCGCACGUCUAUCAAAUCAAACAUCAAGUCAGUGCUUGCGAAAGAUUAACGUUUACGAUGGUACAUCAACUAGCUCCCCGAAAAUAGCCGAAAUCUGUUCAAACAAACAUCCUCCGACGAUCAUUAGUGAGGGUAACUCACUCACAUUAUCGCUUGCCGAUGUCAGCGAACAAGAUUUUGCUUUCACAUUCGACUUAAAAGCAGCUUACACCGUCUUAGAUAAUGCAUGUGGUGGAGAGUACGGAUCGGUUGCAGGUCAAAUCGCAUCGCCUGGAUAUCCAAAAACUUACAAAAACAAUAUAGAAUGCGAAUGGACGAUCAAAGCAUCGCCCGGAAAUGAAAUGGAGAUCAACAUUGACAUGUUGGAUAUUGAUCAAACGGAGCAUUGUAAUGGUGAUUACUUGGAAGUUCGUGAGAAAAACAGUGCCGGAAAGAUAAUUGGAGUGUACUGUGGUACUAGUAUUCCGCCAACGUUGCCACGGGUGAACACUUAUUGGUUGAAAUUCCGUAGUGACAACGAUGGUGUUGGUCGUGGUUUCAGACUUGAAUAUAGUUACGCAAAAUUCGUUGAACAAACCGGUGAAAGCGGUGUCAUCACAUCCAUGAUGUACCCAUCAUACUUGUACUUCACGCUCGGUUCGUAUAAAUGGCGUAUCACAGUCGCUAGGGGCAAUUUGAUUCGAGUCACCAUUGACAAUUGUAUCCUGAAGCGUGAUAGCCAAAUUUGGAUUUAUGAUGGAUAUAGCAAAGAGUCGGGCAUUUUACAAACCAUCGAAACCGAUAACAUUCCAACUGGAACCAUUCUAUCGAGUACAAAUGUGAUUUUAGUCGAGUUUGAAAUUUCGACAUUUAGUGAGUCAAAGUUUAAAUUGGUUUGGAAUGAAGUGCCCAAAUCAGUAGCUCAAGUAUCAAACAAUGUAACGAAUAGUUUGAAUUGUUCAAGAAAUUCUGUGCUAACGGUUAGUGAAUCGGACAGUUUGAAAAUACAAUCACCAGGUUUCCCGGGUGGUUAUGAUGGCCACAGAUUCUGUCAAUGGACAUUUUUGCCAUCGCGAAUGGGAUAUCACGUUGGUAUUUCUUUUACAACCAUCGAUCUAGAAUCAACUCCUGAUUGUGUGGCUGAUUAUGUGCGCGUUGGCAGUGGAUCUGAUAUGCAGCAAUUCCAACAAAGCUCACGAAUGUGUGCCAUGAGUCAAAUUGCACGAAGUAGCCGAUUCCAUGGCACGCCAAACUUGAGAGUACAAUUUUACACGGACUUUUCGGGCAAUCGAACUGGUUUCGAAGGUAUUGUGAUGUUAGAUUGUGGUGGUUUGCUUGAGUCGCCACAGGGUCGAAUAACCAAUCAGAUGACCGUAUCGAAUCGAUCACAAUUUUGGAUGAAUGACACAUGCACAUGGACUGUGAGCGUAGCUCGUGGCCGAACGAUUCAAUUUGAUUUCAAAUCGCUGAAUUUGGUGAAGAAUGACGAUGGAUCGUGUAACAGUUAUAUCAUCAUUAGAAAUGGUGUUCAUGACGAUUCACCAUUCUUGGGUUUGGGCAAAUACUGCGGAGACUCACCAGUGAUGCCAAAGACCAGCAGCAAUAAAGCCAUCGUGCAAUUUGUAAGGAACCGUGUAUUCCGUCCAUCAAACGAAUUCGUUUUGACGUAUGAACAAGUUGAAUAUGAUUGCGGUGGCUCUAUUACACUUGACUACAGCACCAAUUCAACCAUUAUCAGUACGCCAAAUUAUCCAAACAUUCCAAGUGCUCACAUUGAAUGUGCAUGGCGUAUAACGGCACCGAACGGUGAACUAUUGAAAAUUGAGUUUUUGGAACGAUUUGAUCUAACAUCGACACCCACCUGUUUGAGUGAAUAUGUUGAAGUGCGAGAAGGUAGCACGGCCAGUUCUCCGGUCAUUGGUAAAUAUUGUAGUACGAAACCAUUGCCAAUUUUCUCUUCUUCAAAUAUGGUACGUUUGAAGUAUUUCACGGAUGUUUCGGUACCGAAGAAUGGAUUCAAAGCUAAAGUCUCAUUCGCAAAAUGUGGCAAAUCAAUUGUGGCAAACAGUGGUUAUAUAUCGAGUCCAGGAUUUCCAGGAAGAGGAGCAUAUCCAACGCAAACCACUUGCGAUUACCACAUAACUGGUCGCAUUGGAACCGAUCUGAACAUAACAUUCCUGAGCUUGGAUCUACCGGAGGCUGAUAAUUGCAGUGAAGUUGAUCACAUCGAAAUCUACUCGAUAAUUAGAAAUGCCGGUGGAAAUUCGACCAAUUCCGAAGUGACAAAAGUAUGCGGUAGUAUCAUACCAGACAGUAUUUUGACGUUUAGCACAAGCGCUUUGAUCCGAUUCGUUUCGAAAUCUGGAAAUAGUUUGUACACCGGUUUCCGGUUUAUGUUUCAAUCGACCGUUGACGUGUGUGGUGCACGCAUUGAAGCAUCAACUGGUAUCAUUCAAAGCCCUGGCUAUCCAUUAAGUCCGGACACAACGAAAUAUUGUGAGUGGAUGAUAACUGUACCGAAAGGUCGACGAGUCAGAGUUGAAGUGCUUGAUUUUGAUGUAAAACAAUCACCCGUCACAGUUGUUAACUCAAUUGUUUUCGCUACGAAUGCCGAUCAUCGUGUUUCAUUUUACAAUGAUUUCUUGUUUGCAAGUCAUAUCACAACGUUAAUUGCCAACAAUCAAACCGUACAGCCAACGAUAGUUUAUUCAACUGAUAAUAAGUUGGCCAUCAGUGCAUUAAUUCGACGUUCGAAUUUCGGUCGUCGUGGAUUCAAAAUGCGUUUCACGUCCGAUGAGCCAACGGUGUGUGAGGGCAAUUUGAAUGGAAACGAAGGAACAUUCCAAACACCUGACAAUUUGACACGAUUUUACUGUGAAUUUACACGGGAAUCAGAACGAUCAUUCAUCGAAUCACAACCGAACAACGGAACGCUUGCAAUCAAAAUAUUCGAAGAAUCAUUGUAUACCAACCGCUCGCAAUGUACACCAAAUCUUCCAACUGGUAUUUCGGUCAUUUUCUUCGCAAAUGAGAAACGUACGUUUUACACAAAAUGCCCAUCAAAAUAUGAUAACAUCGCUUCACCGUAUGCAAGCACAAAACUUACGCUACGCAGUACACUCUUCCACAAAUAUCGAUUUCCGUACAAAAUACACAACUGUGGUGGAAUUUUGACGGAAACAAUGACAAAAAUCUCCAUUCCAACGACAAUUUCAUCGAAUUAUGGCGAACUGGACUGUGCUUGGCAGUACAGCACAAACACUGAACGUAACAUACAAAUGAUACUCAAUGCACCGGCAAUGAACUGCGAUACGGAUUACAUAAACAUUUAUCGGGGUAAAGCUUCGAAUCGGCCGAAAGUCAAUCGAAUUUGUGGAGACGCAGUAUCGAAUCAAACGAUAACCAUCAGCGGACAAAGUUUAUUUGUUGAGUAUCAUACGGACACUUACAAUCCAUCCCAAAAAUUUGCUAUUGAUAUUGUGACAUCGGACGGUAUAUGCGGUGGUAUUCUUGAUGCACCCAAUUAUAUGUUUUCGAGUCCGAAAGUGGGUACCAAGUAUCCGCCCAACGCUGAAUGUGAAUGGAUUAUACGUGCUCAAAAUGGUUAUCAUGUUGGUUUGACGUUUACCAAUCGUUUUAUGAUCGAAACCAGUGCCAAUUGUACGAAAGAUUAUGUGAAGGUGUUCAACAAGGCUAAUGGCGAAUUCAAAGAAAUCAAACGAUUGUGUGGACGAGAAACGCCACAAUUUUUAAACUCAACAGGUCGCGAAAUGAAAGUGUUGUUCCGUACGGAUGGUGAUGGUGAUGGCGAUGGUUUUACAGCACAAUGGGCAGAAAAUUGUGGAGGUAUUUUUAAGGCAACAAGUAUACCACAGUUGAUAACAAGUCCACGCUAUCCCGAUCCCUAUCCUAAGAAUGCUUUCUGCAAUUAUUCGAUAACCGCUGAGGAAGGGCAAUCCGUUACAGUGAAAUUCUUAACGUUCGAUUUAGAAGGUACCAACACAAUUUGCCAAUUUGAUAAUGUUACAAUUUACAAACAAUCACCGUACACGUUUUCCAAUAUGAUGGAACAAGUCGGAACAUAUUGCUUGAAUAGUUCGGUGACCACAUUCCGUUACACAUCACGCAUCGAUGUGGUUUUCCGAACCGAUUCAUUCAUUGAGCGCAGCGGUUUUCAAUUUGAGUACAGCACUGAUAAAUGCGGUGGAAAUAUAACCACAUCGACACAGAUUGGAAGCAUAACUGAAAACAAUGACGGAACAUAUUUACCAUUGGCAUCGUGUAUUUGGUUUAUCACCGCACCGAGUGACAAAAAGAUUGUCAUUCGCUUUGAACAAUUUGAUUUGGAGCACAUGAUGGGCUGCUAUUUGGACUAUGUGGAAAUUUUUGAGGGGCAUCGUAUGGUUGAGAAUAAUCGUAGGGCUCGCCUUUGUGGAAAUCUCACCAACCACGCUCCGUCUGUUGCCGUCGAUUCAAACAAAGCCAUCGUUAAGUUUGCCACUGAUGCUACAAUCAAUGAAAAAGGUUUCACAGCGCUAAUUUUGUUCACGAAAAACUGUAAUCAACACAUCAAUUUAACCCAUGCCCAGCCGAGAUAUACUCUGAAUAAACUAACGGAUCAAUACGAGCCGUCGCUCAAUUGUGAAUAUUUCAUAAAUGUACCCAAAGGAUAUGCGGUUAAAGCAACGUUUAAUCAAAUGCAUUUGUUGCCAUGCGAAACCAUUGCUGUUAAUAACUCAUGCACAUGUGAUUAUUUAAAUGUACGCGAUGGUUCUGGCCCAUUCUCGGAAUCAUUUGGCUCAUUUUGCGGUUCCUCGAAUCCACCAGAUAUUCUGUCGACUACUCCAAGUUUGUACAUGCGAUUUGUUACCGAUAACAUUGGUUCGGGCACUGGUUUUAGCGUUGAUCUGCAAAUGAUAGAAUCACCAUGUGGUCCAAGUACCUACCAUUUGAACGAUUCACUGAGCAGCAUUUCGAUUCAAUCGCCAAUGAUGAAUAGGCACUUGUAUUUGCCAAAUAUGAAUUGCAUUUGGCAAAUUACCGCUGAGCAAGAUAAAUUGAUUGAAGUUCAUUUUGAACAAUUCGAUUUAGAGUCGGACGAUCAAAACAAAUGCACAAAUGAUUUCUUGGAAAUUACCGAUGAUGAGACGAAACAAUAUGUGCGUGAAGGCGUAGGACAAAAUGUGGUAUUCUCUGGAUCAGCAAAAUCAAGGAAUCAAUAUUUCUACUGGGGUCGACAAUGGCCGACUGCAGCUCAUCGUUACUGUGGAAACAAUACUCCAAUUGAUUACCUCUCAUCACAUCGAACCAUCUAUCUGCACUUUAAAUCGAAUGAAAAGGAUGAAGCAAGCGGUUUUAGGUUCACAGCAAAAAUCUUCUCUGAAUGUGCACGAAAUUACACGCAGCCACAAGGUCGCAUAUUCGGAAAAGCAUUAGCCAACUGUGAAUCGUAUAUUAGCGUUCCGGAAAAUUAUACAAUCAGCUUGUAUUUUGCUUCAUUGGAUUACCGUUUAAAUGAUGCAUGCACCGAAAAUAAUACACCGUUGAAAAUAUAUAACGGCAAAAAUAAUGAGCUGCUUGAGUCGUAUUGCGGUGAAAGUAUACCAAAGCCUCUCUUCACGAAAACCAAUUUAUUGAAGCUAAAAUUCAAAAAUACCUCGCUCGCCUACAUUCCGAAUGAUAUGUAUGACAUUACCUAUUUGGCAACGGAUAAAGGUCCAGGAUGUGGCGGUGAGCUAUACAACUACGGUGGAACAUUCUCCAGUCCUGGCUACCCCAAUACAGAUCGAAAUAACUCGGAUUGCACAUGGAUAAUAAAUGUUCCAAUGAAUUUACUCGUUGCCGUACAAUUUCCAGAGUUUGAUAUGGGACCGAGAACAACAUGUGAACUGAACUAUGUGGAACUUAUUGAGAGCGAUGAUAGUGUAGCACCGACCAAGUUUUGCGGAACCGACAGUCCAGCACCAUACAAAGCCAAAUCCAGUCAGUUGAAGGUACACUUCAAAAGCAGUAUGAAUUUUGCGGGCACCGGUUGGGUUAUCAAUUUUAUGGCAGUGCAUGAGACUUCGAUUGUGAAUAAAUUCUAGAACAUUUGUCAUCAGAAAAUUAACUAUGACUGUAAAUGGGAACAUAUACAUUUGGAAAUUAAUAAUAAAGCAACAAAUGUUUAACUA